UGCGGGCGGCGCAUGCGCCAUGCAGGCAGCGGCCCGAGGUGGAAGGGGGGACGCGGGGCAGCGCAGGUUCCUGUCUGCGCUGGCUGCGGCCUGCCACUGAGAGGAGGGGCGGCCCCGGCGUAGGACUAUGGACCCGGCCGAGGCCGUGCUGCAGGAGAAAGCCCUCAAGUUCAUGCCCCGAAUACACAUGCCAAAAGAUGGAUUCCAACUUAUAUCUUCUGGAUACCAAGCAUGGCUAAAGCAGUGCUCUAUGCCCAGAUCUCUGUGGCUGGGCUGCUCCAGCCUGGCGGACAGCAUGCCCUCGCUGCGAUGCCUGUAUAACCCAGGGACUGGCGCACUCCCAGCUUUCCAGAAUUCCUCUGAGAGAGAAGACUGUAAUAAUGAUGAGCCCCCUAGGAAGAUCAUUCCUGAGAAGAAUUCACUUAGACAGACCUACAACAGCUGUGCCAGACUGUGCUUAAACCAGGAAACUGUAUGUCUAGGAAGCACUGCUAUGAAGACUGAAAAUUGUGUGGCCAAAACAAAACUUGCCAAUGGCACUUCCAGUAUGAUCGUGCCCAAGCAAAGAAAACUGUCUGCAAGCUAUGAGAAGGAGAAGGAACUCUGCGUCAAGUAUUUUGAACAGUGGUCCGAGUCUGACCAAGUGGAGUUUGUGGAGCACCUCAUCUCCCAGAUGUGUCACUACCAGCAUGGACAUAUAAACUCAUACCUCAAACCCAUGCUACAGCGGGACUUCAUCACUGCACUGCCAGCUCGGGGAUUGGAUCACAUUGCUGAGAACAUUCUGUCAUACCUGGAUGCCAAAUCAUUGUGUGCUGCUGAGCUGGUGUGCAAAGAGUGGUACCGGGUGACGUCGGAUGGGAUGCUGUGGAAGAAGCUCAUUGAGAGAAUGGUCCGGACAGACUCCCUGUGGAGGGGCUUGUCAGAGAGGAGAGGAUGGGGACAAUAUCUAUUUAAAAAUAAACCUCCUGAUGGGACUGCACCACCCAACUCAUUCUACAGAGCACUUUACCCCAAAAUUAUACAGGACAUAGAGACAAUAGAGUCAAACUGGCGUUGUGGAAGGCACAGUUUACAGAGGAUCCACUGCCGAAGCGAGACAAGCAAAGGGGUUUAUUGUUUACAGUAUGAUGAUCAGAAGAUAGUAAGUGGCCUACGAGACAAUACUAUCAAGAUCUGGGAUAAGAAUACAUUGGAAUGCAAGCGAAUUCUCACUGGACAUACGGGUUCUGUCCUGUGUCUCCAGUACGAUGAACGGGUGAUCAUUACUGGAUCUUCAGACUCAACAGUCAGGGUGUGGGACGUGAAUGCAGGUGAGAUGCUGAACACACUGAUUCACCACUGCGAAGCAGUACUGCACCUCCGCUUCAAUAACGGCAUGAUGGUGACAUGUUCCAAAGACCGUUCCAUUGCUGUGUGGGACAUGGCUUCACCAACAGACAUCACCCUGAGGAGGGUGCUAGUAGGGCACCGAGCAGCUGUCAACGUGGUGGACUUUGAUGACAAGUACAUUGUAUCAGCAUCAGGUGACAGAACUAUAAAGGUAUGGAACACUAGUACCUGCGAAUUUGUGCGCACCUUAAAUGGCCACAAACGAGGCAUUGCAUGUCUGCAGUACAGAGACAGGCUAGUAGUGAGCGGCUCUUCAGAUAAUACUAUCAGGCUAUGGGAUAUCGAGUGUGGGGCAUGUUUACGAGUGUUGGAAGGCCAUGAAGAGUUGGUGAGAUGCAUACGCUUUGACAACAAGAGGAUAGUCAGUGGGGCAUAUGAUGGGAAAAUUAAAGUAUGGGAUCUUGUGGCUGCUUUGGACCCCCGUGCUCCAGCAGGGACCCUCUGCUUGCGAACCCUUGUGGAGCAUUCUGGAAGAGUCUUUCGACUUCAGUUUGAUGAGUUCCAGAUCGUCAGCAGCUCACACGAUGACACCAUCCUCAUCUGGGAUUUUCUGAAUGACCCAGCUGCCCAAGCAGAAUCCACUCGUUCCCCGUCCAGAACGUACACCUACAUCUCAAGAUAAAUAACACUACACAGUACCUCACACUUGCACAGGACUCAUUUAAGCUGCAGUAUUUAAAUGCCAGGACAAAAGAACUAUCCACGUAACCAAUACUUGCUGAAGAGAGAGGCUCUCAGACUUGUUUCUGGAACAAAGUUGGCGUGCGGUUGAUCUCAGACAGGGUCUACUCAGCGUGGCUGACUGCUAAAGUGCUGCUAUAUCAGAAGAUGUCUUUUAUCUUUCAUGAACACUUAACAUUUUUAAACCUUCCCAUCCCUUUCUUCCCCCAUCCUGCGCUUCCUGUUCACUCCUCUUCCCUUUACCCUGUUUGGUUCCCCUCCAAAUCCAGUUACAGAUGUCCUAUGAAUAUAUUUAAGAUGUUGCCAGAA